CUUUUUUUUUUUUUCUUUUAGAGACAGGGUCUUGCUAUGUUGACCAGAUGGGUCUUGAAUUCCCGACCUCAAGCAAUCCUCCCAAAGUGCUAGCAUUACAGGCAUGAGCCACCAUGCCUGGUUCCUUACUUUCAUUAUCUGUAAAAUGGGACUAAUAGUGGUACUUAUUACUGUGAAACUUAAGACACUUUUUUUUCUUUUUUUUUUUUUUAAAUAGAGACAAAGUCUCACUACGUUGCCUAGGCUGGUCUCAAACUCCUGGACUCAAGCAAUCCUCCUGUCUCGGCCUCCCGAAGUGCUGGGAGCCAGACACGUUUUUAACAACAAUAAAGCAACUACUACUUUACUGAGAGUUUACUCUGUGCCAGACACUGCCCACUGGCUUCACAUCAGUUUGUACAUAUGAAGUAUUUGGUGUGAUUCCUGGCACAUGCUAAACAAUAUAUAUAUUAGCUAAUGUUAUUCAUCAUUACUAUCAUAAGAAUCAUGAAUAAAGUUAACAGUGGUUUAAUAUAGAUACUUGAGACAGUUACAGGGGCAAGAAAGGCAUCUACUAACGGUGCUAGAAAUUUGGUUAUCAAAGACUAUCUUGAGAAUGCAAUUUCAAUCAUUUUUGCAAAGACUGUUAUUUCACCAAACAUUUCCUGUAUUAAAAAAAAAAUUAACUGGCUUUGAAGUUAGCUAGACUUGAAUAACCAUCCAAAUAAUCCAAAGCUCCUAUUUGCCUUGUGUAAAUUUCUUUUAUCUGUCUGAGCACCAGUGACUUCAUCUGAAAAUGGGAACAAUGGCUAUCUUGUUGAGAUACUGAAGAAUUAAGAGAUAAUACAGUAUGAAAGCAGUUAUCACAGUGCCUAUGAAGAUUUUGUUGUUGUUUCCAAAGCGUAGAGAUCAGGUCUCCUAAAACAUUUAAAAAUAAUCUAACAAAAUAAGGGUCAUUAAGUAGCUGUGCCAAGAAAAAAGAAUACACUAAAUGAUUAUGACAACUUGUUAGGGUAAUAAGUUAUAAAACAUUAAAAUAAUGCACUAAGAUUUUUUAAAGUCUAUAUCACAUGAAACUGAAAUCGUCAUCUAAUCUAAAUAAACUGAACAAUCAUCCCAGUGUUCCAUUAGCUCAAAUCUGAAGAAAAUACAAAAAAAAGUCUCUAGUAUCACCAAUAAAUGUUAAGUUACCUCAGAGCAAAAGAAAGUUGUAUAUACCCAGCUGGCCAAUAUCCAAUUCCAACAACACAGAAAGGCAGUCUCCAAAGCCUCAAAGUCCCGAGAUAUAGGAACUAGGAAACCCAAGCAACAACCUAGCUCCACAAGUCUGUAGUGCCCUUCUCAAGCCCCAUGAAAAGGCAGGAAGUGGGUAUGCAGCACUCUCAAGGGUAUCUACCUCUGAAGGAAGAAGCAAAGAGGAGAGUCAAAUAUAAACUCUUAGUCCUGGAUUGUAGCAAAGAAGAGAGGCUCAUUCAAGGGAAGCAAAGCUGCACUUCCUGUUCUGUUCCUAGUAACUGCUAUACUAAAGUCUUAAGACACCUUUGUCAUACGCAAGGAUGAUUACAAGGAAGGCAUACAUUAGAUUUCUACUCACCACCUUGAGAAAAGGAUAACCACUGAUGAAAACUGUUUGCAGCAGAAAACUACACUAAUGUUAUCUUUUUAAAAUUCUUAUUUAACCCCUUAAUGAUUAUUUUAGUUCAUUAAACUGUUGAACCUUUUACUUCUGGUUUACUUACUUUUAAAGCUAAUGCUAUCUAGAAAUGUCUUCCUGGAAUUUCUUAUUUUGCCAAGAAACAAUUCUCUUUCUACCCCACAAUCUAAUCAGAGCCUAGAAUAUGCAAAGAGACAGCAAUCCAUCAUCCAGGACAGAAAGAAUCCACGAACAUGGUUGCAAAGUGACAAAAACAAAUAAAGCCUAAUCAUAAAACUCUAAAUAAGGUCAGGUAUGGUGGCUCACUCCUGUAAUCCCAGCGCUUUGGAAGGCUGAAGUGGGGGGAUGGCUUGAGAACCGGAGUCCAAGACCAGCCUAGGCAAUAUAGUGAGCCCAGUACCAACAAAAAUCAAAAUUCUAAAAAUCAGCCGAGGUUACAGUGAGCUAUGAUUGUGCCACUGCACUCCAGCCUAGGAGACAGAGCAAGACCCUGUCUCUAAAAAUACAAAUCAAUAAAUCAAACUCUGAAUAGGCUAAUUAUAAAGCAUACAUUAGAACUACAGACCUCUAAAAGCUUACCACAAAUGUAAGCCUUGUCCUAGUACUAAAUCUGGCUUCAAAGGAUUUGCAGACAAGUUUAAUAAUAAGCUUCCAAAUGACUUCUAAUUAUUUACACAGAAGAACACUUAUAUAUUUAAACAUACCCCUUUUAAUUAUGAAUAAUGCAUAAUUAUAAAUUAUGAAAUGCUAGUCUUUACACAUAAUAUUUGGUCAAAUCAAUAAAUGCUUGACACCCGGACUUGUGCAAGGAAGACACAGGGGUAUAUAAUCUCUACCCACAGGAAUUCUAAAAUAUACUUAGAAAAUGUUCAAGUGUUAAACAAUGUUUUAACUGUCAUUCAAAGAAACAAUAGAAGAGAUAUUUUAAGGUAACACACAAUUAGCUCCCAAAUGAAUGACUUAGUAAAUGCCACCUAACGUAAAGAGAAAAGCGAGAGAGUUGGCAAAGUUGUGGUUAGAGAAGCAUUCCCAAGAAAGCAGAAAGUCCAUGAGCUCUCCAAAUUCACAAACAUUAACUGUAAAACAGUUAAGAGCUUACUAAUUUACUCUUGAUUUUAGAGAAAUACAGCCUGAGAUGGACAGCAGUAAUUGCAAAGUUAUUGCUCCUCUCCUAAGUCAAAGAUACCGGAGGAUGGUCACCAAGGAUGGCCACAGCACACUUCAAAUGGAUGGCGCUCAAAGAGGUCUUGCAUAUCUUCGAGAUGCUUGGGGAAUCCUAAUGGACAUGCGCUGGCGUUGGAUGAUGUUGGUCUUUUCUGCUUCUUUUGUUGUCCACUGGCUUGUCUUUGCAGUGCUCUGGUAUGUUCUGGCUGAGAUGAAUGGUGAUCUGGAACUAGAUCAUGAUGCCCCACCUGAAAACCACACUAUCUGUGUCAAGUAUAUCACCAGUUUCACAGCUGCAUUCUCCUUCUCCCUGGAGACACAACUCACAAUUGGUUAUGGUACCAUGUUCCCCAGUGGUGACUGUCCAAGUGCAAUCGCCUUACUUGCCAUACAAAUGCUCCUAGGCCUCAUGCUAGAGGCUUUUAUCACAGGUGCUUUUGUGGCGAAGAUUGCCCGGCCAAAAAAUCGAGCUUUUUCAAUUCGCUUUACUGACAUAGCAGUAGUAGCUCACAUGGAUGGCAAACCUAAUCUUAUCUUCCAAGUGGCCAACACCCGACCUAGCCCUCUAACCAGUGUCCGGGUCUCAGCUGUACUCUAUCAGGAAAGAGAAAAUGGCAAACUCUACCAGACCAGUGUGGAUUUCCACCUUGAUGGCAUCAGUUCUGAGGAAUGUCCAUUCUUUAUCUUUCCACUAACCUACUAUCACUCCAUUACACCAUCGAGUCCUCUGGCUACUCUGCUCCAGCAUGAAAAUCCUUCUCACUUUGAAUUAGUUGUAUUCCUUUCAGCAAUGCAGGAGGGCACUGGAGAAAUAUGCCAAAGGAGGACAUCCUACCUACCCUCUGAAAUCAUGUUACAUCACUGUUUUGCAUCUCUGUUGACCCGAGGUUCCAAAGGUGAAUAUCAAAUCAAGAUGGAGAAUUUUGACAAGACUGUCCCUGAAUUUCCAACUCCUCUGGUUUCUAAAAGCCCAAACAGGACUGAUCUGGAUAUCCGCAUCAAUGGACAAAGCAUUGACAAUUUUCAGAUCUCUGAAACAGGACUGACAGAAUAA